AUUUUCCGAGCUGCGGUCAAGAUAGAUCGUUCGGGGUGCCCUGGUAUUUGUGGCCCGCAGGCCGCGACCACAUCAACCCUGUCGUUCUCAAGCUUCCGGAAUUCCUUCACCACCAAUGUCAAUUACUUGAAACGAAGAUUCAGCUCCGGUGACCUUCAGUCGGAGUGCGAUGAAGGGGAGGUGGACCCUUACACCGGUCGCCCGGCCACCACCAGCCAGCCCAAACCGCAGCAGAGGCCAGCCUCCCAGGCAACUGGUGGUAGCCUCGGGAGCGGUUCAGCACCGCCGGCGGCAGCAGCGGCUGCUCCGGCAACAGCUGCUGCGGCCACUGCUGGUUCUGGAGAUCUGUCAUUGAAUCUCCGAGGAGGGUCUAGAGGAACUUCAGCUCCUUCGUCGCCAGCGAAAUCGAGGGAAUCUCUCCUACAGCGUGUACAAUCUCUAACUGGUGCAGCGAGGGACCAAGGCGCCAAUUUAUUGGGGAGUGUGACAUCUGUGGCGUCCGUCGGUCGCGGGUACAAUCGGGACCGAUGCGUCACUUUGCUGGUUGUGGACGAUCAGAACACGGACUGGUCAAAAUAUUUCCGCAAUCGCCGACUCCCGGGAGAAUGGGACAUUCGUGUGGAACAAGCUGAGUUUAGAGAACUGACUGUGACGGCGAACUCAGAUGGCGCCAAUGUGUCUAUGGCGGUGUAUCGUGGUGGCACCAAAGUUACUCGGUGUUUCAAGCCAGAUUUCGUGUUGGUGAGACAAAACGUGCGUGACGCAGGCUCAGAUCAUCGUGCUUUACUGCUGGGCCUUAAGUUUGGAGGUGUUCCGUCUGUGAACAGCCUAAACUCCAUUUACCACUUCCAGGAUCGGCCCUGGGUGUUCGGACAUCUUCUUCAAUUACAGCGACGUUUGGGGCGUGAGAACUUCCCACUUAUUGAACAAACUUACUACCACAACCACACCGACAUGGUAACGGCACCAAAAUUCCCAGUUGUGAUCAAAAUCGGGCACGCGCACAGCGGCGUCGCCAAAGUGAAAGUGGACACUUUGGCCGACUUCCAGGAUAUCGCUGGCGUCGUAGCAAUGUUGGGUACAUACUGCACCGUUGAGCCAUACAUCGACGCUAAAUAUGAUAUCCACAUACAGAAGAUCGGUACCAACUAUAAAGCCUUUAUGCGCAAGUCUAUAUCUGGCAACUGGAAAACUAAUCAGGGAUCAGCAAUGCUGGAAGCUAUCGGCAUGAAUGAUAGAUACAAGAUGUGGAUUGAUGAGGUGAGCGAAAUCUUCGGUGGUCUUGAAGUAUGUGCCCUAGAAUUAGUUGUUGGAAAGGAUGGCCGCGAACACAUCAUCGAGCUAAACGAUUCAGCUACCUCAUUCAUGGGUGACUCGCAGGAAGAAGACCGGCGCCAUCUUGCCGAACUCGUCUUCCAACGGAUGCAGAACGUCUGCCGUCCGGGUAUCACCAAAACGACAUCCCGAAGCUCCGUCUCCAACAGCGGGGCAGCCUCGCCAGAAGAACGUACCCCAGCUCACGUCCCGGGAGGUCCCCCUAGUGUCCCACCUCCCGCGCCUCUUGCUACAGCCACUAGCAUCGACCGACCCUUACCUCCAAUACCAGCGGAGCCAUCACAGCCACCACCGCCACCGCUAACUCGUCGGGAUUCUCAAAUAUCCCAAUCAUCAACUGUCUCCUCAUCAUCUGGCGUACCAGCUACCACUGCCAGUGCUACUACAACAACCUCUGGCGGAAGCCGCUUUUCCCGUCAAGGGUCUCUGAGCGCAGCCCUUACUGAGGACGCGGAAGACACCAUGAAGAAUCUCCGAAAGACCUUCGCCGGGAUCUUCGGGGAUAUGUAGACGGUUUAAAUGAUUAUUUUGUUUUCGUAUAAUAGAUUGGAGUCGUAUUUCAGUUAAGCAAAAUAGAAUGCGGUCACAAGAUAGUAGAUUAACCAACAAAUACUAAUACGUUUUGUGACAGAAAUUAUGUAACGAUUAAUUUAUGGUAUAAAAAAUGCUUCUCGUCUCA